CGCACAUCCCUCCUAGGAGGCCAACCCCUCGACCACAACUACGCGCCCUAUCCCACCACGACGUAUCCACCGCCAUACCAACCGCAGCCCUUCGAUACCCAACCUGGGGGGUAUCACCACCGCGAAGGCUUCCCCACCACCCUUCCACCCGUCGUACGACGCCCGCCGAGGAUGUACAUUCCCAACACGCGCUGGACCUGGGCUUUCAUGCUCACGGCCAUCUGCCAGGUCGGCAUCGCCCUCGCCCUCGAGUCGUACGUCUUCAGCAAGUUCCAGAAUGAGAUCCAUUUCGCUGCCGAAGGUGCUGGCGCCAACGAAACCCGCACCAUUCCCACCUUCCUCGCCGUCUUCAUGUUCGGCUACAUCUACCAAUUAUUCCUCACCUGGGAUGCUCUGCGCAUGAAGAACACCAUUCAGGUCAUUGGACUCGUCCUGUACAACAUCGGCAUUCUCGUCUAUGCCGCCAUUCAAUUCGACCAGAUCAAGGACGCUGCUGACGACCUAAACACGCGCCGCUUCAUUCCCAAGGAUUUCUGGGAAGACGUCAAGCCCAUGCUCAUCGCCCUACCCGUUCUUAUGGCGGUCGCUACCGUCAUUUUUGCUUUUGAGGCAUGGAAGCUGUACGAUGAGUUCGCUUGGACCAUCUACAAGCGCAUCAGUGCCGACACUAGACUGAAGAGGCGCUAUUUGACCUACCAGAUUUACAUCGCCCUCCUCAAGUUUGACUUCUUCUUCUUUCUGGCCUUCACCGUCCAGUUUCUGGUCGUCGUCAAAAACACAAAGACCGUUGAACUGAUCCUCACCGCUGCCGCCCUCGUUAUCACUUUCUUUCUUUUGUUCCUUGCCGCGUGGUGGGUCCGCCGCGAGUCUGUUGCUGGUAUGAUCGGCAUUAUCGUCGUCUACUUCAUUGCCUUGGGCUACUUCUUGUUCAAGCUCAUCCGAAUGUGGGUCGCCGAUGCAAACCGCCAGGAGGACUACAAGCCAGCCCGCAAGUCGCUGACUGCCUUUGCCAUUCUCACAAUCCUCUUGCUCAUCAUCACCAUUGUUACAGCAUGCUUGUGCACCCACAACUUCAACAAGGGCCUGAAGCCUCAUGUCAACGACAAGAUUGUGCAGAGCGACAAGACAUACAAUACAGAAAUGCCGUCACUGAGCGGACCUGCGCCAUCACAACGGAUGGAAAUCGACUAGUCGACCUUUUUCAUACCCAUCUACACAAAAUUUACGACAUGACUUCUUGGAUACCUGCUUUCUGCGAGCAUAGCUUGAUCAUACCCGGAUGAGAUCAGCGGGACUGGCGUUCUUUCAUCUAGGGAUUCUUUUUGGGCUAUAUGCGGAGACAUCAGGUUGAAGACGAGACGGAUUGCAAUGUGGCAUCACGUACGAGGAGUUAUACCAACCCGCAUUGAUU